AUGGCCAACAUUAAGAAACAACCAUCAAAUCCAACAGAUGCAGGGGAAGUCAUUGCUAGCAACUACGACCUUACAUCCCAAAUCUUGCUACGUUUGCCAUCGAGAUCAGUUGAUAAUCUAAGACAUACGUCGAAGCAAUGGUGUUCGAUCUCCUCUGAUCCUUAUUUCAUUACUAGUCACAUACGCGACAACCCUCCAUUGCUUUCGGGUUUUUUCCUUCAUUACUUCGAAAGGCCACGAGCUCUGUCCCAUGAGUAUGUCGCGGUUGAAUCCAUUGAAAAAACCACUGUUGGUAGCUCAUUACAGUUUGUUGAAGCACAAAAUUCCUUAGACCUACAUAUUUUACAAUCUUGUAAUGGUCUCUUACUUUGUUCUUUGGAUACUAAAUACUAUAUUUGUAAUCCCACAACUUUACAAAGGAAACAAAUUCCCCUGCCUAAAAGCUGGCUCACCUUUGGCACUUACGCUCUUAAUUUGGCUUACGACCCCAAACAGUCACGUCAUUACAAGGUUGUUUAUGUUAGGAAAUUUUACGGGCUACAACCAAAGUACCAAAUUGAAGUCUAUUCCUCGGAGACUGGCUAUUGGAAUACCUCAGGAGAGCCUUUCAUCGAAGAAAAUGAUAUCGACUUCAAGCACGGGGUUUUUUGCAAGGGUGCCAUCCACUGGCUCAAACAAACGUCUAGCUGCCUAUAUUUCGACAUCAAUCAAGGGUGCCUAAAGUCCACGCCGGAGCCACCGCGUACAAAGCAGUUUGAUACGACUGAAUGUGAGUACUUUGGUCAAUCUAAUGGUCAUUUGUACUUAGUCGUAAGGAGACAUCUUCCAAACUUUAUGCUCUAUCAAAUGGAGGAUGAUUACUCGGGUUGGUCCUUGAAAUGUGUAGUUGAUUUGGAUGUUUUGGCAACAAAUUUUCCAAGUAUGGCAAGGAAUUUCUAUAACACAUCGGUUUUUUCUCGAAUUUACGAGUGCAAUGUGCUGUGUGUGGUAGAGAACGGUAAUGAAGUUGAUGAAAUCGGCCAUGUAAAUCUUGUUGUAUCCAUUCCUGGAGAAAUUUUGUACUUCAAUCCUUUAACUAAGGCUUCAAAGAAAAUCGCUCAGUUGAGAAUUAGUCCAUUUGAUGAGUCUGUUUGGUUUAGAGACUUCAUAUUGCAUGAGUACUUCGAAACCAUUUGCCCUGUUUAGUUUAGUGUUUACGUGUUCGGCCAAUCGAUUGACCAUAUGAGUGUAUGGUAUACAUAAGUGUAAUUUUGUAACGCUUAAUGUCAAUGUCUAGAGAAAUGUUUGUAUCCCGACAAAUGUUUAUAAAAUUAUAUUGU